CUAUUGUUGCUCUGGCAAAUGAGUCGGUAAAUGGGAGGAUGCCAACGAAGGAUGAAAUAGCUGAGUGGCAAGGCCAUGAGUGGGAGCUCUACUUGGAUAACUUGCCGAAAUCCAUUGAAGUUUCUCAGAUCUUAGCCUUGGAUUUGCCCUACAAGCUAUCUGAAUCAAAAGAUUAUGAAGUCAAAGUGUCGUUUCUCCAAAGGGCUAUUUCAUGUGGAUGCAAAACUUACUAUAGUGAAGUGGAGAAAACCUUAAAAGAAGUUGGAAGGAUGAAGUAUCUUCGACCACUUUACACUGCACUUGUGAAAGACAGUGGCAGUGAAGAAGACAAAGUGUUUGCCAAAAGACUUUUUUCGGAGGCCCGUGAGUGUUACCAUCCUAUUGCUCAAGGUGUUGUUGAGUCCAUUUUUGCUAAGUACACUUAGAAGGAUAUUUCUCUGAAUAUUUUAUAUAUUUGAACACCUAGAAGUGAAUCUGUGUCUUGAGCUGUUUCAGGAUGCCUUUUAACAUCAAUAAGAUAUGGUUUACCUUUCUUCUGACCA